UCUUAGUAUAAAUCUUACAAACUGGCUUCUAAAAAGUGACAUGUCUUUUAAGUAUACGAGAUACGGAUGAUGCAUGCUAGACUAGCGAAAAAUUCUCUACAAUAGUGUUUCAGUUGCUGGCCUGGAUCGUUGAACAAUAGCUUUCCUCAGCGAAUAUGGGUUCAACAUCGCUACACAUCGCAAUGUACCCUUGGUUUGCUAUUGGCCACCUUCGCCCAUUUCUCUACCUUUCAAACAAACUAGCCCAGAAAGGAAAUAAAAUCUCCUUCUUCAUCCCCACCAACACACAACCGAAGAUGAAGCCUCUCAAUCUCUACCCGGAUCGCAUAACCUUUUUACCCAUCACUGUUCCUCCUGCUGAUGGCCUCCCUCCCGACGCUGAGACCACUUCAGAUGUUCCACCCACUUUAUACCCAAACCUUAUGACUGCCAUGGACCGGACUGAGAAUCAUAUUGAUCUUCUCCUCCGUGACCUUAAACCAGACAUUGUCUUCUUUGAUUUUGCUUAUUGGGUUCCAAAAUUGACACGAAAAUUAGGUAUCAAGUCAAUUACAGCUGCAAUUGGUUACACUCUGGUCCCUGUAAGGCAACGCAGUGGUUACCAUUCCGAGGCUGAGCUUAUGCAGCCCCCAUCUGGUUUCCCAGACUCAUCCAUCACGCUCCAUCCCCACGAAGCUCGAUUCCUUGCUGCAUUUGCAAAGGUGAAGUUUGGCAGCGAUGUCCUUUUUCUUGACCGCAUAUUUACAAGCUUUGCUCAGGCUGACGCGCUAGGAUUCUGGGCCUGUAGAGAAAUUGAGGGGCCUUGUAUCGACUAUCUUGUGAGCCAGUUUGAGAAGCCUGUGCUUGUUUCAGGACCAAUUCUAGUAGACCCACCAGCUUCUACUUUUGAAGAAAAAUGGGUUGAAUGGCUAGGAAGUUUCAAGGCGGGUUCAGUAAUUUACUGUGCAUUGGGUAGUGAGUGCAAGUUAACGAAAGACCAAUUCCAGGAAUUGGUAUUGGGUCUUGAGCUUUGCGGUUGGCCAUUUCUUGCAGCACUUAAACCACCCUUUGGGGAUGAGUCUAUUGAAGAAGCACUGCCGGAAGGGUUCGAAGAAAGGAUUAAAGGAAAAGGAAUGGUACAUGGUGGAUGGGUUCAACAACGAUUGAUUUUAGGCCACCCAUCAAUUGGGUGCUUUGUCACACACUGUGGUUCAAGUUCUUUGCUGGAAGCACUGAGGAGUGAGUGUCAGUUUGUAAUGUUACCACAAUUGAUUGAUCAAAUUAUCACUGCAAAGAUGAUGGCCAAGAGUUUGAAGGUUGGGGUAGAAGUGGAGAGAGGCGAAGAUGCUGGCUUGUUCACCAAGGAAAGCGUAUGCAAAGCUGUGAGGGCUGUGAUGGAGGUUGAUAGUGAGGUUGGGAGGCUGGUCAGAGCCAAUCACGCUAAACUAAGAGACGUCUUGGUUAGCGAAGAUUUACAGUCCUCAUAUAUUGAUAGUUUCUCUCAGAAGCUUAAACAUUUGGUUGGAUAAUUUCUCAGUACAUAUGUCUGGAUAUGUAGAGGCAAAUGUCAUUAUUUGCUGCAAUAAGCCUCUUUAGUGUCCUUUAGCCUUUUUUUUUUUUUUUUUUUCUAAUUAAAAAGGUGGGAAGGGGCGACCAGUGUAGUUUCCCCCCUUGGGCGCUACCAUCAGGGUUCCCACCCGCUGUGGAAUGUCCGGUUUGAGCCAUAGCUAUUGCCUGGGAAGGCGAGCCCGUCACCACAACCCCACAAAGGUGUGAGCCAGUAGAGCCCCUUCAAAGUAGCAUCUGGUUCACGCAUCUACUACCGCAAGCAGAUUCGAACACGCGACCACUAGGAUGAAAGAAAUUCUUCUACCAACUCAACCACCACCCUUGUGGUGUCCUUUAGCCUUGUUUAAUGUAGUGCUAUUGUAAUUGCAAUGAACCUUCAGCUCCGCUCAAAGUUGAAUUAGGGUUUAAAGUUGGUUGUAGGAAGCCAUCAAAACUCUAUGCUGCUUCAGCAUAUUAAAUAAGAGUUGAGAUUGCUUUCUUGCCAUUAUUAGAUUUGGCCAUCAGUAAAUGUAAUAAUGUAUUUUAUCAUGUUUUGAUUAAGUAGACUUUAUCAUUAAG